AUGGGCGAAACUUCCAAUUCCGCGAACAGGAUAAAUCUCAAAAAUGCAGAGUUCGACCAAGAAACUUAUUCUGGCAGAGUGUUUCAUUUUUGCAAACUCACAGAUCCGCGAAACGCGCUUCUCACAGACUCUCAGUUGCAGAACGCGAAGGAUGUUGUAACUCGUCACCAAAACGGAGAGGAUUUGGGAUUGACGAACGAGCAGCUUUGGAAAGCCAAAUACGAGCAUGACUCGGCUUUCCACCCUGAUACUGGGGAGAAAAUGUUCCUACCGGGGCGAAUGUCGUUUUGGGUUCCUGGAAACAUGCUCAUCACCGGAGCAAUGUUGGCAUACCAAAGCACGCCCCAACAAGUGAUCUUCUGGCAGCUCGCGAAUCAGUCAGUAAAUGCAGUUGUAAAUUUCACGAAUAGAAGCGGAGAUGCUGCAAUUUCCACGACAGAGCUGUCAAGAAACUUCCUGGGUGCAACGACCUUGGCAAGCGGGACCGCGCUCGGCAUUAAAAAGUUUGCUCCAAAGUCAAUGGCACGAUUAUCCCCUUUCUUCGCCGUUUGCGCUGCAAAUGUGCUGAAUACGUCCCUGAUGCGCUCAAAUGAAAUUAAAAAUGGCAUUCCUGUGCUCGACGAAAAUGGAAAUGAACUUGGGAAGUCAUCAAUAGCUGCACAAAGAGCGGUCGGACAAGUCAUAGUGCAACGAAUUAGCUGCGCGAUACCCGCCAUGGUUCUGCCACUUUUGGGAAUGAUCUUCUUGGAGAAGAGGUUCCCAGCGCUCGCCAAAUCUAAGGGAUGGAUACUGAAAAAAUAA